GUUAUUUGGAGUCAAUUGGCCUUCCCAAUUCCCAAUUUCCUAUCCCUUUCUCCUGAGGCUAGUCGACUUGUCCUGCUGUGUGCUGCGGUUAUCUGCCUCUCAAUUUCUCAAUCAACACGCUACCUAUCAUCUCUAUACUGCCAACUCAGCCUUCUACUUCAAGACCUGUCCGCCUUCGAGUCUAAGCCAGAGCUUCGGCGGAUUUUUCAGAUUGAAGUUCCAAGUGGAAGUCAUAUACUGUGGUACCAAUUUAUUGGACAAAUUUUAGAAAAAUGAGUGACAAUUUGAUGGAUAAAGUCAACGCCCUUGGCGAGCGCUUGAAGAUUGGAGGAUCCGAGGUCGGCCAGAAGAUCAGUGCCGGUGUGAGCUCUAUGAGCUUCAAGAUGAAGGAAUUCUUCCAAGGCCCCAACCAAGCCGACAAGGUGGUCGAGGAAGCCACCUCUGAAAAUCUAGACGACCCUGAUUGGGCCUCUAAUCUUGAAAUUUGCGACAUGAUCAAUCACGACAGGGUCAACAGCGUCGAGUUAAUACGCGGCAUUAAGAAACGAAUCAUGUUGAAGAUCCCCAGGGUUCAGUACUUGGCUCUCGUCUUGCUCGAAACUGUGGUAAAAAAUUGUGACAAGGCGUUCUCUGAGGUUGCUGCUGAGCGGGUCCUUGAUGAGAUGGUCAAGUUGAUUGAUGAUCCCCAGACCGUUGUUAACAACCGCAACAAGGCUCUCAUUCUCAUUGAAGCAUGGGGUGAAUCUUCGGGCGAGCUCCGUUACUUGCCCGUUUUUGAAGAGACUUAUAAGAGCCUAAAAUCAAGAGGUGUAAGGUUCCCUGGUCGCGAUAAUGAGAGUUUAGCCCCAAUAUUUACUCCUGCAAGAUCAGUUUCAGAUUCGGAAACAAAUGCUGCUCUCGCACAACAACUUCAUCAUGAUGUUCCUGCACCAACCUUCUCGGCUGAACAAACAAAAGAAGCAUUUGAUGUUGCAAGAAACAGUGUCGAGCUUCUUGCCACUGUUUUAUCGUCUUCACCACAGCAGGAUGCUCUAAAGGAUGAUUUGACCGUGACACUGGUACAGCAGUGUAGGGAAUCUCAAUACACUGUGCAGCGAAUCAUUGAGAGAGCUGGGGAUAAUGAGGCGCUGCUCUUUGAAGCAUUAAAUGUGAAUGAUGAAAUUCAAAAGGUCCUCUCCAAGUAUGACGAUAUGAAGAAACCAUUAGAAGUGAAGCCAGAGCCGGAACCUGCUAUGAUACCAGUGGCUGUUGAGCCGGAUGAUUCACCCCGUGUCGGAAAAGAAGAUGCAUUAAUCAGAAAACCAGCAGGUUCCCGAACUGGUGCGCAGGGAGGGAACAAUGAUGAAAUGAUGGAUGAUCUCGAUGAGAUGAUCUUUGGAAAGAAACCAGGUGGCACUUCUGAAGGAGGGCAUAAUGCAAAGAAGCAGCAAGGGCCGAAGGAUGAUCUCAUCUCAUUCUGAGUUCGCUGUGGGUGAAGGAGUAGUAGUAGUGUUUCUCGGAGCACUUGGAAGCGUUUGAUUAUGUUCAUAAUUCAACUUAGGCGGUAUUGAUCCUAAAGCAUGAUGACUUUAAUAUAUAUAUAUAUUGGAAGAGUUUCUGAGUACCUUUGUUUCUGCACAUUUGGUAUAAGAAGGCUAAAUUUGACUGGGAGUUUCAUGAACAUAAUUGUAGAACUGUUUGUUGGGUCGACAAUGUUAUAUGGCAUUUGUGCGUUGCUGUA